GGGGCGUCAUUCUCCGGAUCCUCCCAUCAAGCUGCAAUAUCCAAGCCCUGACAUUGCGAAGAUGGAGGCUGUUAUGGUCUAGAACAGGAAACACAGAAAGCACAAACUGCGAGUUUCAGAGCUUUGUUAUGACAACAUUUCCAGUUGGUGCAGGUGGAGGCAGGAGGUGUGAGUAGAGUGCAGUAGACAUCAGCAGCAUGUACUCGGAGUGGCGCUCGCUGCAGUUGGUGGUGCAGAGUGACCAGGGCCACCUCAGCGUCCUGCACACCUAUCCCACCACUGUGGGCACAGAGGUGGCGAAUGCUGUGGUCAAACCUCUGGGCACAGCUGUAAGCCCUGUCGCCACAGAGAACAUCCUCAAAACAGACAAGGAGGUGAAGUGGACCAUGGAGGUGCUGUGUUAUGGCCUCACCCUCCCCCUAGAAGGGGACACUGUCAAGCUGUGUGUGGAUGUGUAUACAGACUGGAUGAUGGCCCUGGUGUCGCCCAGGGACUCCAUGCCUCAGCCUGUGGUCAAGGAGCCCAAUAUGUAUGUCCAGACCAUCCUCAAACAUCUCUACAAUGUCUUUGUACCAAGGCCUGAACAGCACAGUCUGAACCACAUCAGGCUUUGCCAGCAAGUUCUGACUGCAGUCCAAAAAUUGGCACGAGAGUCCAUUUCCAUGGUGAGGGAAACCUGGGAGGUGCUGUUGCUCUUCCUGCUUCGCAUCAACGACACGUUACUUGCCCCGCCCACGGUUGGAGUCGGGGUGGCAGAGAAACUGGCAGAGAAAUUGAUGGCAGUGUUGUUUGAGGUGUGGCUCCUGGCAUGUGCACGCUGCUUUCCCACGCCGCCAUAUUGGAAGACAGCAAGGGAGAUGCUGGCCAACUGGAGACACCACCCUCCUGUUGUAGAGCAGUGGAGCAGAGUGGCCUGUGCCCUGACCUCCAGGCUUUUGCGCUUUACCCACGGACCAUCCUUCCCACCUUUUAAAGUUCCUGAUGAAGAUGCCAACCUGAUUCCUUUAGAGAUGGACAACGACUGUGUGGCACAGACGUGGUACCGCUUUCUCCACAUGCUUAGCAACCCCGUGGACCUGAGCAACCCUGCGAUAGUGAGCACCACUCCAAAGUUUCAGGAACAGUUUCUUAACUCCAGCGGUAUCCCUCAUGAAGUGGUGCUGCAUCCAUGUUUGAAACAGCUACCCCAGAUCUUCUUCAGGGCCAUGAGGGGCGUCAGUUGCCUAGUGGAUGCCUUCUUGGGUAUAUCACGUCCCAGAGCUGACAGUGCUCCGCCCACCCCCGUCAACAGAAUGAGCAUGUCCCCACCCCCGUCCAUCACCAACACCACGCCCCCUCACAGCCGCAAGCAACGGCAUACAGUGGUCACCAAAACCACGAGCAAGAGUUCAACUAGCAGCGGUAGUCAACCAACCAAAGCAUCCCAGCAGCAACAGCAGCAGCAGCAGACUUCGUCCUCCCCGACCCUUCUCUCCAGCCCCAACCAGAGCAGCUGGGAGUCUCGGCCCCUGCCGGCCCCUGCACGGCCAAAGGUCAACAGCAUCCUCAACCUGUUCGGCCAGUGGCUUUUUGACGCUGCUCUGGUCCACUGUAAGCUCCACAGCGGCCUCAGCCGAGACCCCAGCAUGACGGCCUCUUUUAUCCAAAUUCUCCUUUCUUAUAAAUCUUCGAUAGCCACUCAAGUAGGUCUGGAGCUGAGAAGGAAGGGUUCCCAAAUGUCUACAGACUCCAUGGUGUCCAACCCUCUGUUUGAUGCCAAUGAGUUCCCAGAGAGCUAUGAGGCAGGACGAGCUGAGGCCUGUGGGACUCUGUGCCGCAUCUUCUGUAGCAAGAAAACUGGAGAAGAGAUUCUGCCUGUUUACUUGUCCAGGUUCUACAUGGUCCUGAUUCAGGGUCUCCAGAUCUCUGAUUUCAUCUGUAGACCAGUCCUGGCUUCUAUCAUUCUCAACUCUUCCUCUCUCUUCUGUACUGACCUGAAGGGCAUCAAUGUGGUAGUGCCCUACUUCAUAGCUGCCCUGGAGACUAUUGUACCAGACAGGGAGCUGUCCAAAUUCAAGAUGUAUGUAAAUCCUACCGACCUGAGGAGAGCCUCCAUUAACAUCCUGCUUGCCAUGCUGCCAUUGCCACAUCACUUUGGUAACAUCAAAUCAGAGGUUUUAUUGGAAGGGAAGUUCAAUGAGGAGGACGGGUGGCCUCAUGACCAACCCGUGUCUUUCCUGUCCCUGAGGCUACGUCUCGUCAAUGUCCUCAUAGGAGCACUGCAGACUGAGACUGACCCCACCAACACACAGCUCAUCCUGGGUGCAAUGCUAAAUAUUGUUCAAGACUCAGCGCUGUUGGAAUCCAUUGGUGCACAGACUGAAACAGGGAGUAUAGAUGGCAGCCACAUGACAGUGAGGAGUCAGAGUCACAGCCGUACCAACAGUGGCAUUAGUUUCACCAGCGGGGGCAGCACAGAGGCCACCAGCCCAGACUCUGAGCGCCCUGCCCAGGCCUUGCUUCGAGACUACGCUCUUCCAGAUACGGCGGCGGGCCUGCUGGUACGCAGCAUCCACCUAGUCACCCAGAGACUGAACUCCCAGUGGAGACAAGACAUGAGCAUUUCACUGGCUGCCCUGGAGCUGCUGGCUGGACUUGCCAAGGUGAAGGUGGGGGUAGACUCUGCAGACCGUAAACGUGCUGUCAGCUCUAUAUGUGGAUACAUUGUCUACCAGUGUAGCCGUCCGGCUCCUCUUCAAUCUCGUGACCUCCACUCCAUGAUUGUAGCUGCGUUCCAGUUUCUUUGUGUGUGGCUCACUGAACACCCUGACAUGCUGGAUGAGAAGGAUUGUUUGGUAGAGGUUUUGGAGAUUGUGGAGCUGGGAAUUUCUGGCAGCAAGUCCCGACAGGAACAGGAAGUCCGACAUAAAGGGGAGAAGGAGCACAACCCAGCUUCAAUGAGGGUCAAGGAUGCGGCUGAGGCGACUUUGUCCUGUAUCAUGCAGGUGUUGGGGGCCUUCCCUUCCCCCAGUGGGACUGCAUCCACCUGCAGUCUGCUGAAUGAAGACACCCUGAUACGCUACGCCAGACUGAGUGCCACAGGAGCCAGCAACUUCCGCUACUUUGUCCUGGACAACUCGGUCAUCCUCGCCAUGCUGGAGCAACCUCUCGGCAAUGAGCAGAACCCCAGUCCAUCAGUGACAGUUUUAAUCCGAGGGACGGCUGGCAGACAUGCCUGGACCAUGCAGCUCUUCCACCAACCCAGAGGAGCUCGGGCCAAUCAGAGGCAGGUGUUUGUUCCUGAGGGCCGUCCAACGCCCAACAACGAUGUGGGGAUCAAGUACAACGUCAAGCAGAGGCCCUUCCCAGAAGAGGUGGAUAAGAUUCCUCUUGUUAAAGCUGAUGUCAGUAUCCCUGACCUGGACGACAUUGUCAGUAAAGAGGUGUGUUGUAUGGGCUGGCAGGAUGAUUCAAGACCGAUGAGUAAUUAUCCACAACUGGAAAUUCAGCAUGACAAGCUGCGUAUUCUGAUGACCAAGCAGAUAGAGUAUGAAAACGCCUUGGAGCGGCACAGCGAGGAAAUCUGGAAGUCCAAGCGUUUCCCUGACCCACAGACAGACUGCAAACCCCCUCCACCCUCCCAGGAGUUCCAGACAGCACGCCUCUUCCUCUCUCACUUUGGCUUUCUGUCUCUGGAGGCGCUCAAGGAGCCCAACAACAGUCGUCUACCUCCUCAUCUGAUUGGCCUGGAGUCAUCCUUGCCAGGUUUUUUUGAUGACAUCAGCUAUUUGGACCUACUUCCCUGCCGACCAUUUGACACUGUCUUUAUUUUCUAUGUGAGGGCUGGACAGAAAAGCAGCCCUGAGAUCCUUAGGAACGUGGAGUCAUCGUCCAGCGUCCAGCCCCACUUUUUGGAGUUCCUGCUGUCCUUGGGCUGGCCUGUGGACGUGGGACGCCACCCAGGGUGGACGGGACACCUAGAUACCAGCUGGUCCCUCAACUCGUGCUCCGACAGCAAUGAUAUACAACAAACAGAGGAAGCAGCUACUCCUGAGGACACAGGAGGUUCAGUGUUCAACGGGGAGAAGAAAGUUUUGUACUACGCUGAUGCUCUGACAGAGAUUGCCUUCGUUGUUCCAUCUUUGACAGAAAACUCUGAGGAGUCAUCAGUGCACAGUGACUCCACAGUGGAGGCAGACAGCAACACAGACCUCAUGCCCGGUUUACUCAAACAACCCAAUCUCACACUGGAGCUGUUCCCCAACCAUUCUGAAAACCUGGAGUCUGCCAAAAAGCUGAGUCCUUUGGUAAAGACGAAGAGGUCAUCGACUGGAAAGUCAUUCCCACCACUGGGUCCGGAGACAAAGGUGUUUGUGGUUUGGGUGGAGCGCUUUGAUGAUAUCGAGAACUUCCCGUUGUCUGAUCUCUUGGCGGAAACCAGCACAGGCUUGGAAGCUAGCAUGAGCAACAGCACUUCCUGCAGGUCAGGGUUACUUGAGAAGGAUGUUCCUCUAAUCUUUAUCCACCCUCUGAAGACGGGGCUCUUCAGGAUCCGGCUGCAUGGAGCUGUGGGUAAAUUUGGCAUGGUGAUUCCCCUGGUGGACGGCAUGGUGGUCAGCCGCAGAGCGCUAGGGUUUCUCGUGCGGCAAACGGUCAUCAACGUGUGCCGACGGAAGCGUCUGGAAAGUGACUUGUACAACCCGCCUCACGUGAGGCGGAAGCAGAAAAUAACUGAGAUUGUCCAGCGUUACCGCAACAAGCAACUGGAGCCCGAGUUUUACACCUCGCUCUUCCACGAGGUGGGGGAGGGAAAGCCUCACCUCUAACCCCCCUGUCCUGUCCUAACACUGGCUCACAACCGCACACAGCAACACACACACACACGCACUCUUCUCCUAUACUCAUAUACACCAUUUACAACUGUGCUUGCAUAUACACACGCACACACUCACACAGAAUCUUUAUAUUUAUACUGUACUGUUUUGUUAUUUAUAUGAAUACAUAUAUCAACACUGUCUGCCUUUGGCUCCGAGAGCAAAGUGUCAAAAACCAUGCCAAGGUGGAAAAAGCUACAUUUCUAUGUCGCAGCCACUCACUGAAGAUUUGACUGGCUGAAGUUCAACAGUGACUGUCUCUCCUCAUUUAGGUUCAUGCUUUGUGGCAAAAGAGUUUCUGCUUGUCAUAAACUGCAAUACAAUAGUUACACUGUUGGCCUUCCUGAAAUUGUGCAACGUUUGUCCUUUAAGCCCAGUGAUACGAGUGGAUUUCAUGAUGGUUUGGUAAUACAGAGCGGUGUUAAAAAUCCAGAUCUGCAUAUCUGUUUUUGUUUUAAUCAAACAGAUUCGCGGUUGGAUUUUUGCUAAGGAGAUAAACAUGUAAGCGUCAUAAAAAAUGUCAUUGAAAACAACAUCGCUGCAGCUGCUUCAGGGCAGGUGGCUUCAAGAGAACAAAGAAACGAUUGACAGCAUUAACCCAUAAUCUAACUUUACAACAAAUUGUCAUCUACAUGCAGAGACACCUGCUAAAGUCUUCCUAGUGCAAACACACAUUUGGCCAUCGCAGCAAUUGACUGAGCACACAAAUAUUGCUGUUUAUAUAUAUUUUUUAUUUUCCAGAUGAUUUAUAGGAUUCUUCCGUUGUAUUAUUGUGUGCGGAUGUCAUUUUUGACACCUGCGCUGUCUCUGUGCCAGUCUGAAAGUCAUCCCAUCUCACAGCAGCCACUGCACUGUUUGUGUGUGUGUGUGUAUACGUGGCCAUAUGUAUGCUUGUUCCGCCAGUCAGACCAUUUACACUACAAGGAGUCUCAGUGACCCCUCCAAGUCCCAUAAAUGGCAUUUAAAGACAAAUUAUGUCACUUUAAACAAAUGAGAAUCUUAAGACAAUACAGUGCUGAAAAUUUAAAGUUUCUCAGUCAAGACAUGGCCCAAGAAUGUGUUUCCUCCUACUGCUUGGUAACAUUUGAGUUUACUGAUAAUGAGAGUAGUUACAGAGCUCGUGGAGUUUGCACUCGAUGUUUGCAGGGCUAAUAUGAAAUGACCACAAAGAACAUUGAAGUCUCUGCCAACACCAAACGGAACUAUAGCACAGUUGAAGUGUCUCGCUCCUCCAAACAAAUCUGUGGUGAUGGAUUAAAAGGCCAAAACACUCGAUGUAGCUAACAGCAUUAUACAUUUUGGCUGAUCAAAGCUGUAUUUUUAAAAUUCUAAACCCAGAAUAUUUAACCUUGUCAGUUACGUUCAGUUUGGAUGACAGAAAUGUGCAGUUUUGCCUUCACAUACGUUUUAGUAACCUUUUUUUCUUUUUGGCUUCACAAUUUGUUUCACUUUUGUUUACUCACUGUACUUUGGUUUUGAUUCAAGCCCUCUCACUGUCUGCCUGUAACAAUGUGAAUUUAUUUAUCACAGAGAUGGAACAGGGCAAACACCUCUAGUUUCUUUGUUAUAUUGGAAAGUCUUAAUGCACUGAGCACAUUUUAUGUUUAUUUUCUAUUCCCUUUGGUUACCUUACAUGUCUUUUUGUACUUGUGUGCAUUUUGAAAGAAAACCCUGCUGAAGGAAGAGUUUUAUCUUGUGAAAUAUGAAUGAAGAAGAGGCGUCGUGGACUUUUUAACCUAUCAUGUCUAAUUGUGUGACUCACUUUUUAUGACAGUGCUUUAUGCACAUGCCUUUUUUUGGAAGGAAAAAAAGUACAUUAAAUAUGCUUCAAAGAAACUACAUACAAUCAGUCAUACAUUGUAUCCUAUGUUACUCCUCUGACGUUUGAUCAUAUUUAAGGAUUUGCCAUGUACAGAAGCGGAGGAUGAUAUGUAAAUAUAUGAUACUGUAAGGCAUUUACAAGUUGUCUGUUGCAUUCCUCAUCUGAGAUAGCGAGAGAAGUUAUGUAUGUAUGCAAUUAUGUGUGGGAGGAUCACAAUGGGUAUUGAAUGUAACAUGCAUCAAUUAAAACUAUUAUUGACAUUUUAA